AUGAUACGAUCAACAUUUUGUGCUUUACGUAAAACCGUGAGUUUUGUUAACCAUUCUUCUCCUCGGAUUAUACCUGCUUUCAAUUAUCAGGCUAAACAAUUCAGUUUGAUCAAUGGUCGAUGGUUCAGUGGUCAACCUAGCCAAACAAAGGGAGAAUUGUAUUUAAUCAAUAAGUUAAAGGAACGAAUCCCUGACUCAUCUGCUGUAGAGGUAAAAGAUGUUUCUGGUGGAUGUGGAGAAAUGUACGAAGUUUACGUUGUUAGUCCAUCUUUCAAAGGAAAAUCAAUUUUACAACAACAUAAGAUGGUUACGGAAGCUUUAAAAGAAGAUAUUCCUCAAUUCCAUGGAAUUCGAGUUGAAACAUCGUCGAGUUAA